AGUUAUGAGUAUUGAGUUAUGUUAAUGUUCAUGAGUUAUAAAUUUAAUUAAUAACUUUAUUCAUAUUUUUAAUAUUUACAAUUAUAAAGUUUAUGUGAAUUAUUUUGGAAAGAUAAAGCUACUGUUUCGUUUCAUGUGAUUCAUUAGCCGAUUUUCGAUAUAUAAACGUUUUAAUGUCAAGAUUGAAUAUUCAAUAUUUAAUCAUUUUAUAUUGAUACUAAAAAAAAUCUAAUUGUUUUUUUUCUGGAAGAUCAAACGUUAUAUGUAAGACAAUUUAUCUCUUUUUUUAUCCGAACCGUAUUAGUAAUGGCUUUACAAAUGGAAAUGUUCGAAAAACGUAAAAAAUGUUUACGUAUAUUUAAUGAGUAUUUUAAUAGUUUUAUUGAUGGCCAUGAAAAUGUUAUUCUUACGAAUGAAAAAGAAAUACGUAAUCUAAUUGUACAAAUACGUACAUUUAAUUGUAAUUUGGCCGAAAACGAUGAUUUAUAUGAUGAACAUUUAGUUGCAUUAUUCAAUACACGAGUUGGUCGAUUGAAUAAAUUUUUCAAAUCUGAUUGUCAAACAAACAAUAUUAUUGUCAAUAACAAAUCAGAAGAACAGACGUUUGAUAAAUAUCAAGUUCAAGAAAUUCAAAGACAUUCACAAAAAGAAUCAGAAGAAAUGGUUGAUAAUGAAAAAUCUGUUAUUUUUGAUGAUUGCAAAGAUAUUGAUGCAUUACUCGCUAUUUAUUAUAUAGAUUUUAUUAAAUUAACCGGUACAAAUUGGUAUGAUUAUCAUUCACAAAUAAUGGAAUUUAUUAUAGAAAAUCCAUUUAUAAAAGAUAUGAAAACAAAAAUGGAUUAUUUGAAAAAAACUGUUCAAAAAAAUUCAAAAGCAUUACGAUUAAUUGAAAAUAUUGAUGAUAUUCAAGAUGCUAUAAAGAUUUUGGAAAAAAAUUUCAUCAUUUAUACUACAAUGGAACCAGAAAUAUUUGUAAAAUAUUUGAUAAAAAAAUUUAUUUAUAGUGAAAAAGAAAAUGAUAUUGAAGAAAAUUAUCGUCAAUUACUUCGUAUUAUAUUGAAUAUUGUUUAUACUAUCAACGAUAAUGAUAAAAAAUCAGAUUAUCUAAAAUUGUUGUUGGAAAAAAUUCCAAAUUUUCUUCAUUCAGAUUCACCAUAUCAUUUUCUGGCAAUGAUGAGAUCAAAACUUAGUUUUUUUGAUUGUCCACAAAUUUUAAAACCUGUAGCAUUUGAAGAAUUAGAACAAUCAUAUAAUCGAUUGAUUGAUGAUAAAACAAUAUGUCCAAUUUGUUUCAAAGAAGAAAAAUGUAUUCGUGUUCAUAGAAUUAUAAGAUGUCGAUAUUUAGAAAAGUUUAUACGAAAAUAUGACAUUAACGAUAAUCAAAAAAUGUUGAAAAAUAUUCAAUCUGACAAUUCAAGAUCUGUUUUAUUGGAUCAAACUUUGGUUAUUGCAAAUACAAAUCAUGAAAUUGAUAACCAAAAUGAUUAUCAAUUAGCCCGUCAAAAUCUUUCAAAGAAAAAUCAAUCUUCUAAAGCAAUUCAACCAUUUAAAAAAAAGAAAAAUAAAAAACCAUAUUCAAAUUUGAUAUCAUUAAAUAAAGAAUCGAAUGAAAUUAAUGGUUUUUUUACACAACAAUCUUCUACUUCUACUUCGAUGCCAAAAAAUGAUGAAUCGAAUAAAGUGUUAAGAAAAAUCAUUCCAAUCACUAUUGUUGGCAAAGAAGAUUCAAUAGAAGCAUUUAUUGAUGAUCAAAAUGUUGAAAUUCCUGAUGCAAUGAUUGAACAUGAAUAUCUUAAUUCAUUGGAAAUUGAAUUUGAAACUGUUUCGGAUUUCAAUACACCAAAUCAUAUUAUUGGUUAUGUAAAAAUGGAUAUUGCCAUUGGAUUUUUGGUUCGAACAAUAAAUUUUGCAGUUUUUACUUUACAAGAAAAUGACGAAGAAAAACUACGUAUUUCUAAGAAUUUUUUGAAAAAAUUUUCAUUAACAUCACCUUCGAAUUUCGAACAACGUUUUGAACAAAUAAUCGAACGUUCAUUAAUGAUUACAAAUACUAAUGAUAAACAAAAAGUUUCUGAUUAUCUAGAUUAUCAAAGCAAACAAUCGAAUGAUGAAACAUUACAAAAAUUGUUUGACGCAAAUUUUCUGAUAAAAUCUUCAUCAAAUAUUGAACAUGAUUCGGAAAAAUUGUUAAAAAUUACUUUAGCUGGCGCUUCUAAUAAUGAUUAUUUUUUAAAUCCAGAUAAUCUCAUCAAUUAUGGUUUCGAUUAUGAUGAAUCUAUAAAAUUAUUAAAAUAUAAAAAAGUUCAUAUUUUUCUUCUUGCAUGCGAAAUUGAUUCGAAUCAAGACUUUUGGGAUACAAUGUUGAUCAAAUUUGGCCAGGAACAUGAAUUUUCUCUCGUUCGAUUACCAUUGUCUUUUGAAGAGGUUGAACUAAUCACAGAAAUACAGAAAAAAUGUUUCAAAUUAUUGGCCUAAAAAAGGAUAAAAGAGAGAGAUUGAACCUCCUUAUUCAAUUCGGAAUGAACUUGCCAAAAAUCAUUUUAUCUUUUUUUAAUUCUUUUUAAAACUUUUAAUUCAGCAUGGAACCUUAAAUAAUUAUGUAUUCAAUUUUAUGU